CAGUUGUCCCGCCUAUUGCGUACCUCUCUCUCUCACUCGGUCCAUUCAGUGCAACUGCGUUCAUUGACUUUAGCAACACCUGCCGAAGAAGUGGAGUAAGAGCUGGCAGGGCAGGUCUCUAACUGGCAGGUGGACAUUAGGUCGUAAACCACCAACGAAUCCACUAUAGCGAUGGACAUUUCCUUGGUUUUGGGCUGCUCUCUGAGUGCUGCCCUUGGGGGUGUGAUUCUAGUAUCUUAUAAAUUGGGCUUAUUUUACCAGCUAUUCCAUAAGACAGAGAGACAGAGCCCUCGACAUGGAGGAGAGAGCGUGGCAGAAGUUUUGCGGGCUCAUGGGAUCAAAUUCGUCUUCACAUUGGUGGGAGGACACAUCUCGCCCAUCCUGGUGGCCUGCGAGAAACUGGGCAUCCGCAUCGUCGACACCCGCCAUGAGGCCACAGCUGUGUUUGCCGCCGAUGCCGUAGCAAGACUUUCUGGCACUGUCGGUGUGGCUGCGGUGACGGCGGGGCCGGGCCUGACGAACACAGUGACCGCGGUGAAGAACGCUCAGAUGGCUGAAUCACCGCUGCUUCUGAUUGGUGGUGCUGCUGCUACUCUCCUGCAGGGUAGAGGUGCGCUCCAGGAUAUUGACCAAAUGUCCCUCUUCAAGCCUCUCUGUAAGUUCUGUGCGUCAGUGAGGACUGUGAGAGAAAUCGUUCCCACUGUGAGAAAAGCCUUGGCCGCCGCACAAUCUGGCACACCAGGCCCAGUGUUUAUAGAGUUCCCCAUAGACACACUGUACCCUUACCAUGUGGUGGAAAAGGAGUUUGCCCCGAAAAACACUCCCAAAGGGCUGAUGGGAAAAAUCAUUGCAUGGUAUCUCAAGAAUCAUUUAACAAACUUGUUUGCUGGAGCUUGGGAGACGCGUGAUCGGUCCCCACUUCCUGUUCACAUCCCUCAAGCCACAGAGGAUGAGGUCCAAAGGUGUUUGGAAUUGGUGAGCAGAGCCAAGAAACCUGUCAUACUGCUAGGCAGUCAGGCAACGUUACCCCCCACACCAGCAGAUGAUGUCAGAAAUGCCUUAGAAUCUUUAGGCAUUCCCUGCUUCCUGGGCGGAAUGUCCCGAGGGAUGCUGGGAAAGAACAGUCCACUGCACAUUAGACAGAACAGGAGAGAUGCCUUAAAAGAUGCUGAUCUCGUGCUGCUGGCAGGUACGGUGUGUGAUUUCAGACUGAGUUAUGGAAGAGUGCUGAACAGACGGAGCAAAAUCAUCGCGGUCAACAGAGACAAGAGUCAGCUGCUAAAGAACUCAGACAUGUUCUGGAAGCCAACAGUGGCCAUUCAAGGCGAUGCUGGUUCCUUCCUCCUGCGUCUGUCGAAAGCCCUGAAGGGACACAGAUGUCCAGAAGAAUGGCCUCAGAAACUGAAAGAGGGAGAUGACGUUAAAGAGAAAGCAAACAGAGCGAAAGCAGAUGAGAAGACAGAGAGGCAUUUGAACCCUUUGAAUGUUUUGCACCGUGUGGAUGAGCUCUUGGCUGAGGACAGCAUCAUCGUGGCUGAUGGGGGUGAUUUUGUCGGAAGCGCUGCAUAUAUCAUGAGACCACGAGGCCCACUCCGCUGGCUGGACCCAGGGGCUUUUGGGACUCUGGGUGUUGGAGGAGGGUUUGCGUUGGGAGCAAAACUUUGUCGACCUGAGUCUGAGGUAUGGAUCGUUUACGGCGAUGGUUCUCUCGGAUACAGCGUGGCUGAAUUUGAUACCUUCACACGCCACAAGACCCCAGUGAUUGCUCUGGUAGGAAAUGAUGCGUGCUGGAGUCAGAUCUCCAGAGAACAAGUGCCUAUGCUGGGGAGCAACGUGGCCUGUGGUCUUGCCUUUUCAGAUUAUCACAUUGUAGCCGAUGGUUACGGCGGAAAAGGUUACCUGAUUGGCCGAGAGGAUGAGUCGCAGCUUGAUGACAUCAUUAAAAAGGCGCAAAAAGAGUGCAGAGAGGGAAAGGCAACUCUGCUAAACGUUCUGAUCGGAAAGACCAACUUUAGGGAAGGCUCGAUCUCAGUUUAGAGAGAGAAACUGUGCACCAUCCGGCCUAGAUACCCAAAGUCUUUCUUGUGUUGAACUUAUCAUGCUCAAAAUAUUCAAAAGACACAGCCUUUACUAAGUUACAUAGAUUCAGAUGAUUUGAAAAGAGAUCAAAGGAACAACAUAUCAGAUUUUUAGAAAAAUGUAGUUAAAAUUAUGUUAUGUUUAAAGAAAAUUAAGACCAUUUUAAGACGUUUUUUUUUGUAGUGUGGCAUUAUACUUAUGAUGAUUGCCCCCUCAAUUUAUUUUAUCAAUUCAAUUUAUCAUGACCAUAAAGCAAAAAAAGGGAGAAAAUAUUAUUUAAAUGAAAAAAUAAAAUAAAAUAAUAAUAUAGAUAUUUUUUUCACCUUUUUUUUGUUUUGAUUUUGUGCUGAAAUGUGAGCUUGGAUAUGUUUUACAUGUUUUCACUGAGCUGAAAAGAAGCAAGCACAGUGCCUUCACUGAUGACUGAAUAUAUAUAUAUAUGAUUUUUGAGUGCCUGUAUUUACUGAAUGUUAAACCGAUCUUGUUCAGAAAAUAUGAAAUUUGCUAAAAAUAUUUUUCAAAGAACUUUUUGUGUGUGAAUCAAAUGGCUCUAUGUUUAUUAAAAAAUGUCAAUCUUAACCAAAGUAAUAUCCUAACAGAUACUUGUAAAUACACUCCUGUUUUUUGUUGAAAUAUCAGACCUGGACAUACAGUACCAUCAGGCCUCUCUUUGGUUUGUGAUUGAUCACUUCAGCAUCACCCAAAAAAUGACCAUGUGGAUAUGGCAACAAAAUUUAUCAGGAUUUGUUGAUGUAAUAAAAUCUCUAAAAUACAGUGUUACAAAAUGUUCUGUAGGUGUCAGACUGCCAUGCAUCCAAAAUAAUAUAACUAUGUUGCCUCCAAAAACCCUAUAAAUGAAAACAGCAUUUCUAAAACCAUCACUUUUGGUAAUCAGUACUGUAUGGGCCUUUGUUUUGUCUGCUCACAAGUAACCCUCUAACUACAGGUACCUGUUUAAACAACAUUAUCUAGGUUUCCAUGUGCAGUCAGUGAAAAGCAAUCAAAUACAUGAGCAGUGGGUGAAAAGAGAGAACACUAGAGGAAGAAAGUACUGAAAAUAAGCUCUUGUGUCUCUGCACAAGAAGCUAUAAAAAACUUGACGACCUGUCCAAAAUAGAGCAAGCCUUGCCAUUAACUUAUUAAUUUUAUUAUGGUAGGCAGCAUUUGAAACAUAUCCUACUUUCACUGAGACUGAACUGCUAUAAAAAGAGCAACUUAAAGACUUUACAGCCAUCUGCCAUUGAGCUUCAUGCAAAUGCUAGAAUUUUAUUAUAUUCUAAAUAUUGUGACCUUUUAUAAUUAUAAUUAUUUUUUAACCAUAUCAGAUUUUCACCAAUAGGGCAGAACAUCAAACACUUUCAGGAUCCACUGUUUAAUUUAUAAGGAAAUUACUUCUGAUAUUUCUAUGUACGUUUAUAUUUCAAACUGGGUUCGGAUUUAAAAUGCACAAUGCGAAUGAUUAAUAUCUAGCCUACAUUAUUUUAUAGUAAUUCAGUUGUACCCAAUAAAUGAGUAUCCAAAAGGAAUAAUAAUUUUCUUCUAUCAUUAAAAUGAUUAAAUAUG